AUGUUUGUAUCACCUCCACCACCGACGAACAGCAAUCAUAUCUUGCCUGGGUUGUUGUCGCGCGGCAGGCCUCGGGAGUUAGGGGUUAUAGAUGAGGAGGGGAGCAGCAGUGGUGGUAGCAGUGGUGGUGGUAGAGAGGUGGUUGGUGGUUUGUCGAUAAAUGGGGUUGGAAUUGGUGGGGGUAGGAAGAAACAGUUUAUUAAUGCUCCAUCGGAAUAUGCGGAUCGGGCACGUGAUGAGAUAAGGAAAAGGCUGUUGCAUAAGAAGGCUGGCGCGGUGAGCGAUGCUGCAGAUGGUGGCAGGGCGCCGUCAGAUCAGCAGUCAAUAAUUUCGAGUGUCACUUCUGGGCAUGUGUCGCUGUUUUCGCAGCAGACAGAGGAUACUGUUCCGUCUAUGGACAGUACGCAGGAUGAGAGGGUUAAGGGGGGCCGACAGGUGCUACUGCUUGAAGAUGCGCUUCCGAAAGUGUUUUACGACAUGUACGCGCCGGAGAUCCUGAUGAAUCCGCAGAACUUAUUUUCCAAUGGACGUCCAACGUUCACCUCCAGAGAGCUGCUUGACUGGGAUUUGAACGAUAUCCGUUCGUUGUUGAUUGUAGAGCAGCUUAGGCCCGAGUGGGGGAAUCAAUUACCAAUUAUUCAGCUACCUGGGGGAACGCAGGGCGAAAUGCCGCAGUUCAGGUUCCAGUUGUUGCAGUUAGACUCGCCGGACGAGACCAUCAUUGAUACGCUUGUGACAUCAGAUAUAUACAUGGAGGCGAAUUUAGAUUAUGAGUUUAAGCUAACGGGGGCUAGGUACACCGUAGCUGCAGCGAGGAAGCGGCACGAACAAGUAACGGGGCGGAAUGAGGAGGUAAUGCGUCUCUCAAAGCCUGAAUGGAGGAACAUUAUUGAGAAUUAUUUGUUAAACCUGGCGGUGGAGGCACAGUGCAGAUUUGAUUUCAGAAACUCUUGCCGGUCUUAUAAGCGAUGGAAACAGCAGCAUCUAAUUAAAAAACCCGACAUGCCGCCACCAUCUACCAUUCCAAGCAAGCAUAAUAGGUCUACUUCUUUACUGAAAAGAGCCUUACUAAAGGGCACAUAUCAGCAUCAACAGGAGUCGGCCAAUCAGAACGUUAAGGUGGUUUUGACAAAGGAGGAGAAAGCACAACUAUGGUCGCAUUGCCAAGCUGUUGUAUACCAGCGCUUGGGACUAGAUUGGACUCCAGAUGGCAUGUAA